AGGCGCCCGCGCCCGCGCUGCCGACGCCGCGCAGCGGCGCGAGGCCGAGCGCCGCCGCGAGGAGGAGCGCCGGCAGAAGGAGGAGGCCCGGCGCGCAGAGGAGGAGCGCCGGGCGGCCGCCGAGCGCGCGGCCGAGGAGGAGCGGCAGCGCCAGGAGCGCGAGAGCCUGGAGGCCGAGCGCCUGCGGCUCGAGGCGGAGCGCCGGCGGGAGGAGGCGCGGCUCGAGGAGAUGCGCAGGCAGGAGGAGGUGCGGCGCGAGGAGGAGCGCCUGAGAGAGGAGGCGCGGCGAGAGGAGGCGGCGCCGCCGAUGAGGAUGAUCACUCUCGCGCGUCCCAGGAGGAAGUCCGCCAGCGGCAGGAGUGGGAGACGAUCCGCGAGGAGAAGCGCAGGCUCGAGCAGGACCGGCUGGAGCAGGAGCAGGCACGCAGGGCGCUCGAGCAGGAGAAGCUGGAGCAGGAGCAGGCGCGCAAGGCUCUGGAGCAGGAGAAGCAAUCGCAGGAGGAGGAGAAGAAGUCGCGGCUGUCGAUUAGCGCGGCCGCCUCGCCCAUGCGGAGGACCUCAGGUGCCUUCUGCUUCGCUGCUGACGACGAGCGCGAGAGCAUGCGGAACGAUGUCAAAAGGGAGAUUGACAGGGAGAUGAACGAGAGGAUCGCCGCCCUCGAGCGGGAGUUCGCCCUCAAGCAGCAGGAGGCGCUGAAGGAGAUGAGCGCGCUGCGGCAGCGCAACGAGGUGCUGGAGCAGCGGAUCGAGGAGGAGAAGGAGCACGGCUCGGAGGGCCGCGGCGACGACGACUACGGCUCCCCGGCGGUGGACCGCGCGCAGGCCUCGCCCCUCGGGAGCUCGCCGGCGGGCUCGCCCGGGACGGACUCGCCGCUGCAGAUGUCGCCGCUCUCGAGCCUCUCGGGCAG